CUCUGAGUUGCCAGUUAACAAGUUACAAGACCAUCAUAGCACAGCCAAAGAGGAGGGCACUCUGUAGCCUCCAAACUUUUCCAGAGGAUGUUCUGCACCAAGCUGAAAGACCUUAAGAUUACUGGAGAAUGCCCUUUCUCUUUACUGACUCAAGACCAUGUCUCGGAAGAACAUGAAGAGGAAUGUGCAGGGCGACCUGAUAGUUCUAAGGCGGCUCUACCCGUGUGCCGGGAAGUUACUGAGAAACACGUCGGUGCAAAUCUUCCUCAAAGAAAGACCAGUCGAAGCCGAGUGUAUCUGCACACUUUAGCAGAGAGCAUUUGCAAACUGAUCUUCCCUGAGUAUGAAAGAUUGUAUCUUGCACUUCAGAGAACAUUAACAAAGCAUAAAAUACAAGAAAGGAGGAAAUCAUUGGAAAAAGAGGAUUUUGAAAAAUUCAUUAUAGAUCAAGCAAAUGCAGCAGGUGUUCCAGGGGAUAUUAUCAAAGAAUCUCUAGGUGAAGAACUCUUCAAAAUAUGCUAUGAGGAAGAUGAGCACAUCCUAGGUGUGGUUGGAGGUACCCUCAAAGAUUUCUUGAACAGUUUCAGCACCCUUCUGAAGCAGAGCAGCCAUUGCCAAGGAGCCGAAAAGAAGAGCCGGCUUGAGGAGGUGUCCAUACUCUGCUUGGAGAAAGACCCCAAUGUUUUAAAUGUUUACUAUUUUUUCCCUAAGAAGACAACUACCCUCAUUCUUCCAGGCAUCAUUAAGGCUGCUGCUCACGUACUUUAUGAAACUGAAGCGGAUGUGACCCUGGUGCCUCCCUGCUUCCGUAAUGACUGUAAUGAGUUUGUGAAUCAGCCCUACAUGUUGUACUCUGUUCAGGUGAAAAGCACAAAACCUUCCCUGUCUCCUUGCAAACCUCAGUCUUCCUUGGUGAUUCCAACCUCUCUCUUCUGUAAGACAUUUCCUUUUCAUUUCAUGUUCGACAAAGACAUGGCCAUUCUACAGUUUGGCAAUGGCAUCCGGAGGCUGCUGAACAGAAGGGACUUUCAAGGAAAACCUAACUUUGAAGAAUAUUUUGAAAUCCUUACCCCCAAAAUCAACUACACAUUUAGCGGGAUCAUGACCAUGUUGAACAUGCAAUUUGUCAUAAGAGUGAGAAGAGGGGACAACUCUAUCAAGAAAUCUUCAGGGGUAAUGGAUCUCAAAGGUCAAAUGAUCUACAUCAUUGAAUCUAGUGCCAUCUUGUUCUUGGGGUCACCCUGUGUGGAUCGGUUAGAGGAUUUUACAGGCCGUGGGCUCUACCUCUCAGAUAUCCCAAUCCAUAAUGCCCUGAGGGAUGUGGUCCUGAUAGGGGAACAAGCUCGUGCCCAAGAUGGGCUGAAGAAGAGGUUAGGAAAACUCAAAGCCACCCUGGAGCAAGCACACCAAGCCCUCGAGGAGGAGAAGAAGAAGACAGUCGAUCUCUUGUGCUCCAUCUUUCCAGGCGAGGUCGCUCAGCAGCUGUGGCAGGGACAGGUUGUACAAGCCAAGAAAUUCACCCAUGUCACCAUGCUUUUCUCUGACAUUGUCGGAUUCACAGCCAUCUGUUCCCAGUGCUCGCCAAUGCAGGUCAUUACUAUGCUCAAUGAACUCUACACUCGCUUUGACUACCAGUGUGGAGAGCUGGAUGUCUACAAGGUGGAGACGAUUGGAGAUGCGUACUGUGUAGCUGGAGGCUUGCACAAAGAAAGUGAGACUCAUGCUGUUCAAAUUGCCCUUAUGGCCUUGAAGAUGAUGGAGCUGUCAGAUGAAGUGAUGUCUCCACAUGGAGAACCUAUCAAGAUGCGUAUUGGCUUGCAUUCUGGAUCUGUCUUUGCUGGAGUUGUUGGAGUUAAAAUGCCCCGUUAUUGUCUCUUUGGAAACAACGUCACCCUGGCAAACAAAUUUGAAUCCUGCAGCAUUCCACGGAAGAUCAAUGUUAGUCCAACAACUUACAGGCUACUCAAAGGAUGCCCUGGGUUUGUGUUUACUCCUCGUUCAAGAGAAGAACUGCCUCCCAACUUCCCCAAGGAAAUUCCUGGAAUUUGUCAUUUCCUGGACGCUUACAUACAAGGAACAAAUCCAAAGGCAUACUUCCCAAAAAAAGAUAUUGAAGAUGGCAAUGCUAACUUUCUGGGCAAAGCAUCAGGCAUCGAUUAAGUUGUAUCUUCACCAGUUCUAUCAAUAUUUUGGGGUUGGAAUCCAAUGAGGAUGUCUGAAGCCUCAGAAAGCACUUUAGGAUUGCAGAUGCCUGAAAACCAGUAUUACUGGUUCAGGAGCUAGGUCCCCUAAGACUUGUUAUUUCUCUUUUAAAUGACAGACUAGAUUUACUGAAAUAAUAUUUCAAUUCCUCUAUUUUAAUAUUAUGCCUCUUGAGGUACCUUUUCUUUUCUGUGACAGACGAUGUAAUAUAAGUCACUUCAAAUAAACCUGUACUAAGAAUUCUAGACCCACUGUAUAUAACAUCAGAAAUGUUGAAUGUAUUGUACCAAGAGACAGAUUUGCCUACAAUACCGUUCUUUGCUUGAGCACCAGUCAUGCUUAAAGUGCAAUGUUCAGUGUUGCUAAGAACAAAGUCACAAGAAGUUCUUAUCCCUAUUAUAAAUGUUUAAAACUCACUGCAUGUUAUUAUCUAGCCUCUGACACUU